AUACACGCAUAUAUAUAUUAUGUGAUAAUAUAUUGAGACUAGGAAACAGAGAACCGAAAAUUCCAUUAUAUCUCUAGACGACUAUCAUUCGCCCAAACAACGUUUCACGAUGCCCUCCGUUGCAGCCGUCCCUGUUAAGCUCGAUUAUCAAUCUUUCCUUAGUCAGGAGGCGAAGGGACGAGUAAGGUCUCCAUUGAGAGAUCUCAGGUAUUUUCAUGCCAUCCCUGGUAUGAUCAGUUUCGGAGGAGGCUUACCCCAUCCAUCCACCUGGCCAGUCAACGCUAUGACGCUGUCUGUCCCAUUCGCCAAAAAGUCUAUCUUCAUUCCCGGGUAUGAGAGCAAUGACCCAACCAGUCUCUAUCCUUUGGCUCCGUAUAUCCCGCCUACGAAGCUCAAUAGUGUGACUGAGCCCUUAAUCCCUGAUCUCGCGCGGGAUCUCCAAUAUUCAUCGAACUUUGGUUUGCCAUACUUUGUUGACUGGCUCACUCAGCACGUGAAAAGAAUACAUGAUCCCCCCUACCCUGAAAACCAGUGGCAGGUUCUCGCCACCGCUGGUAACACGGAUGCGUCGGAUGGGGUAGUCAGAACACUGUGCAGCCCAGGAGACUCUAUACUACUUGAAGAAUUUGCUUUCCCAGGCUCUUUAACUCAUUACAAGUCACUCGGCAUCAAAUGUGCUGGUGUUCCAAUGGAUGGUGAAGGAAUUGUCCCCAGCGCACUUGAAAAGAUACUGGCCGAAUGGGACGACGAAGCUCGAGGCGGUCCAAAGCCGAAAGUUAUCCUUAUUGUACCCACUUGCUCAAACCCCUCAGGGAUCACUUACCCGGCCUCCAGGAAACGUGAAAUAUACGCAGUCUGUCGAAAAUGGAAUUUGCUUAUCAUUGAGGAUGAUCCUUAUUGCUACCUUCAGGUAAGGCCCAAUGGAGCGGACACCCCAUUAAUUCCGUCAUUCUUGUCCUUGGAUCUUGAUGGUCGAGUGGUGCGCUUGGACUCUUUUUCUAAAUUCAUAGCCCCUGGGAGCAGGUGUGGUUGGAUCACAGGAGCGAAGGAGCUGGUAACCACUAUCAUGGUAAAGGCAGAAGCGAGCUCCAAUGGACCUUCAGGUUUUGCAGUUGCUUCCAUCUCCGCUGUGAUCAAGGCAUGGGGCGGCCAUGAAGGGCUGGAAAGGGAUUAUCUUCCCCACAUCUCGGAUACAUAUUCCAAGCGGUCCAAUCUUAUGGUGUCUCUCAUUCGCAAAUAUGUCCCUGCAGAAGCGGCUGAAUGCCCUGAUGGGUCUGGAGGGAUGUUCCUCUGGGUACGACUGCGAGUUGAAUCCCAUCCCCAGCUAUCCACUCUCUCACCUGAAGAGAUUUCAGACAAAGUGUUUCACACUCUCAUCGGAGAGAAAGUAAUGGUAGCCCCGUCUAGCUACUUCAAAACACCUGGAGGGCCGGUAUGGUCUAAAGACGAAGAAUCUAAAAGGAUCUUUGUCAGGUUGAGCUUCUCUCUCUCUACCGCAGAUGAAAUGGAAGAGGGCGUGAAGAGAUUCGCUAGAGGAUUGAGAAAGGAAUGGGGAAUCCGGAAUCUUGAUGAAGCUGAGCAUUAGGAGUGUAUGGCGGACAUUUAUUUCGGUUCCAACUGUCGUAUAUCAUUGAGACGAUCAAGACAAUAUGAGUAAAGUGUGGAAUAUGUAAUCACGAAUGUGUAACAGGA